GUCAGUAAUCAGAGAGGGCUGGGAAAGAGCUAUGACCGGAGCCUGUCCGAUGCUCCCUUUGAGCACACCUCUCAUUGUGUGGUCACUCUCUAGAAUGCUGGGGUGGGGCGUGAGGUCACUGGAGAAAGAGCCUAUAAAACAGAUGAUAGUUGGCUAAAGCGGAAAGGUGGCAGCACACGUGACUCCCUGCAGUGGCCUGACCAUUGAAUCAUCUCUGUAGCCAGGGUUUCUCUCUGUACACUCAUCUCCAGAUGGAGCCUGUUUCAAGAUGUUCAUCGACAAGGUCACCAAAGGUGUGCAUGCAAAUCCCCAUGAAAGAACAUGACAUAGAAACAACCCAUGGUAUGGUCCACGUCACUAUAAGAGGCUUACCAAAGGGAAAUAGACCAGUUAUACUGACAUACCAUGACAUUGGCCUCAACCAUAAAUCCUGUUUCAACGCAUUCUUUAACUUUGAGGAUAUGCAAGAGAUCACACAGCACUUUGCUGUCUGCCAUGUGGAUGCCCCAGGCCAGCAGGAAGGUGCACCCCCUUUCCCAACAGGGUACCAGUACCCCACAAUGGAUGAGCUGGCUGAGAUGCUGCCUCCUGUUCUUACCCACUUGAGUCUGAAAAGCAUCAUUGGGAUUGGAGUUGGAGCUGGAGCUUACAUCCUCAGCAGAUUUGCACUCAAUCAUCCAGAGCUUGUGGAAGGCCUUGUGCUCAUUAAUGUUGACCCUUGUGCUAAAGGCUGGAUUGACUGGGCAGCUUCCAAACUCUCAGGCCUGACAACCAAUGUUGUGGACAUUAUUUUGGCUCAUCACUUUGGUCAGGAAGAGUUACAGGCCAACCUGGACCUGAUUCAGACCUACAGACUGCAUAUAGCCCAAGAUAUCAACCAAGACAACCUGCAGCUCUUCCUGGGUUCCUAUAAUGGACGCAGAGACCUGGGGAUUGAAAGACCCAUUCUGGGCCAAAAUGAUAACAAAUUAAAAACAUUAAAGUGUUCAACUUUGCUGGUGGUAGGGGACAAUUCACCUGCAGUUGAGGCUGUGGUUGAAUGCAAUUCCCGCCUGAACCCUGUAAAUACAACUUUGCUAAAGAUGGCAGACUGUGGGGGACUGCCUCAAGUAGUUCAGCCCGGGAAGCUCACCGAGGCCUUCAAAUACUUUUUACAGGGAAUGGGCUACAUUCCAUAUGUGCAGCUCAGUCACCUGAGCACCGAGUCAGUACCAUCUGCCAGCAUGACCCGGCUCGCCAGAUCACGAACUCACUCAACCUCAAGUAGCAUCGGCUCUGGAGAAAGUCCCUUCAGCCGGUCUGUCACCAGCAAUCAGUCAGAUGGAACUCAAGAAUCCUCAUCUCUUUCAGAUUUUUCUUUGCGAUGUGCUUCCAAGUGCCCUACUGAGGAACGAUGGGAAGUCUGCCCAGCAGAGAAAAAACCCUGCCAAGCCCAAGCUCGAGCCCCUCCGUCCAAGGCCAGGAACCUGUCCCCGUGCAAGCAGAAUGGUACACGAAACUUCCAGGACUUUGACUGUCAGGAACAUGACAUAGAAACAACCCAUGGUAUGGUCCGCGUCACUAUAAGAGGCUUACCAAAGGGAAAUAGACCAGUUAUACUGACAUACCAUGACAUUGGCCUCAACCAUAAAUCCUGUUUCAACUCAUUCUUUAACUUUGAGGAUAUGCAAGAGAUCACCCAACGCUUUGUUGUCUGCCAUGUGGAUGCCCCAGGCCAGCAGGAAGGUGCACCCCCUUUCCCAACAGGGUACCAGUACCCCACAAUGGAUGAGCUGGCUGAGAUGCUGCCUCCUAUUCUUACCCACUUGAGUCUGAAAAGCAUCAUUGGGAUUGGAGUUGGAGCUGGAGCUUACAUCCUCAGCAGAUUUGCACUCAAUCAUCCUGAGCUUGUGGAAGGCCUUGUGCUCAUUAAUGUUGACCCUUGUGCUAAAGGCUGGAUUGACCGGGCAGCUUCCAAACUCUCAGGCCUGACAACCAAUGUUGUGGACAUUGUUUUGGCUCAUCACUUUGGUCAGGAAGAGUUGCGGGCUAAGCUGGACCUGAUUCAGACCUACAGACUGCAUAUUGCCCAAGAUAUCAACCAAGACAACCUGCAACUCUUCCUGGAUUCCUAUAAUGGACGCAGAGACCUGGGGAUUAAAAGACCCACUGUGGGCCGAAAUGAUAACAAAUUAAAAACAUUAAAGUGUUCAACUUUGCUGGUGGUAGGGGACAAUUCACCUGCAGUUGAGGCUGUGGUUGAAUGCAAUUCCCGCCUGAACCCUGUAAAUACAAGUUUGCUAAAGAUGGCAGACUGUGGGGGACUGCCUCAAGUAGUUCAGCCUGGGAAGCUCACCGAGGCCUUCAAAUACUUUUUACAGGGAAUGGGCUACAUACCAUCUGUCAGCAUGACCCGGCUGGCCAGAUCACGAAUCCACUCAACCUCAAGUAGCAUGGGCUCUGGAGAAAGUCACUUCAGCCGGUCUGUCACCAGCCAUCAGUCAGAUGGAAUUCAAGAAUCUCAUGAGUGCCCUGAUGUCCUGGAAAGACACCCGACGAUGGCGGUGUCCUGCUAAGCAGAUGCUCCUCCCCUGGACCAUACAAGUCCACCCUUCUUCAAAUGACUACUCCUUAAUGUAACAUUACAUCCAGUAAACCGGCCUCUACUAUCUUUAACUCAUGUAUGGCCACUGAACCUCUC